CUUCCGGCGCUACACUGGUUUUUCUGGUGGGACUUGAUCCCGGAGGAAGACGGUCUCCAUGAUGACAACUUUAAAAUACCAACGGUAGCCCGAGCGGAUUCCAACCGCCUGACGGAAAUUAUUCAAACAAACAAUGUCCGUUUCUCGUCGUCGCGUCGCUCCGGUUUUUAUUGAAUUAGCUUAGCGUGCUAACGUUAGCUCUCGAGCUAGCAUGGAGUCGCUGCUUUUGUUUACGUCCUGAUGAUGGGCCCGGAGAGACGCGUUAGCUAACCCAGCUACCAGGCGUGUUCGACGGGAGAGGGUCCUCCCAACGCCCGCCCUGUGAGGACCGGGUGGUGGGCAACGGGGAAGGCGGGGGCGGGGGGUCGUCUUAUCGGACCUGCUGUCACCUCCGGGCGAUGGAAGUGUCCCCUCAGGAUCCACCUCUCAUGGCCAUGGACCUGUCCAAGAGUUUCUCCCUGACCCGCGGCCACGCCGAGGCCCUGGACCUGGCCAAGAAGCCUGAGUGGUACCACCGGCGCCCGAGCUGCAGCACUGAGCUGGGCUCCCCGUACCGGUCCAGAGCCUCGUCGUCCUACAGCGCUCCGCUGCACCCGGAGCCGGGCGCGCCCCUCCACCGCCGGGACGUGGAGCCGGGCCCCGAGUCCCUGGGCUACAUGAAUGCGACCCUGGCUCCCGGGUUGGAUCUGUACUGCGACGGCGGCCUCUGGCGCCCGGGCUUCUACGGGCCCGACCAAACCGCCGGCCCUGUUCUGGAGAGCAGCGGCGGCGAGGAGAGCGACAGCGGCAGCGGCUCCGACGUUAUUUUCCUGGUGUCCUCCGCCGAGGAGCCGCUCCUGUGUGGCUCCUUCCUCCAGGACGACGUGCGGCACAUCGCCGAGGCCCCGUCCCCGGCCGGCUCCUCGCUGGACGCGCCGAGGGGUUGCUACCGCCUCCCUCGGCCCCCGAGCUCGCCCAGUCCCGACAGCUCGUACUCGGAGGAGUCGUCGGACAGCUCGGCGGACAUCCCCGUCCACCACGCCCGACCCGUUGUGCUCCUGUCCGACCUCGGCGGCGCCUACGGGAACCCCGGCGCGUCCCCACCCGACCUUUCCAGCGACAACAGUGACGUUGUGGAAGUUGUGGUCACCCACGGAAAGGAGAAGACGCCGAGCGGUCGUCUGGGGAGAGAACCUCCUUCGCACAGCGAGGACGAAAAGGCCUCGCCCAGAGGAGUCCGCCGCAGCCCCCGAACCAGGAAACGCGCGUCCGACUCGCCUCCGUUCACCUGCGGCGGGUCUCGCCACACCUUGAGGAGGCGAGCCAAAAGCGACGUGGUGGGCAUCUACAACGAAAACUGCGACUCCGACGCCGCAAUGGACUUCGCGGCGAGGUCGUUCACCUCCGACGCCGGCUCAGAGGAGGAGGCGGCCUCGCGGCCUGCCGCGCCGCUGAGGGCGAGCGGCGGCUCGGAGGAGGCGGAGGCCCGGACAGACGGGAAAUGGCCGCAGAGAGAGGCGAGGGAGCGCCGGCCUCCUCGCAAAGUCUCCAAGCCCGCCGCUGCCCCCGCCGCCGGCGGUAAAAGCCAGAGCGUGAGAACUAAACAGAAACCAACGGAGAAGAAGACGAAGAAGAAAAGCGUUGCCCGGCGGAGGAAGAGGACGCGCUCGCACACCGGACCGGCCGCUCUGUUUCCCCCCCGAGAGCCGGAGAUUAAGCUCAAAUAUGCAAACGUGAAGAAGGAGAAAAAGAGCAAGCGAGUUGGGAGCUUCUGCCCUUUUGUCCACGUGAGGAAGAAGCUGUGCACCGUCGUCAACUACGAGGAGGAGGAGGAGCCUGUGAGGACCAGCGGAGCGCGCCGACGGAAAGACCCCGCUUCUCCGUCCGGGUUCGUUCCCGGUACUUCCUGUUUCCAGCUGGGCCGGUCGGGCCUGGACGGCGGAAGUCCAGCGGCGCCGCCGCUGUGCAGCUUGUGCGGUCAGACGGCCAACGCCGGGGGCCUCGGGGACCUCCACGGCCCGUACCGCCCCGCCAACCCGCCUGCGGACCACCGGGCCGGGCCGAGCGAGGGGGGGCGCUCGCCGGUCAGCAGGCGCUCGGCGAAUUCUUCCGAGGACGGUUGUUACGGUUACGACCGCCCCGCCGUCGAGAGCCCGCUGCCGGGCGCCGGGCGCUCCCCCCCGCGCGUGCACGAGGGCUGGAUCCACGAGGACUGCGGCGUCUGGUCCGCCGGCGUCUCCCUGGUCGGGGGGAAGCUGUUCGGGUUGGAGGAGGCGGCGCGGCUCGCGCGGGAAACCAUGUGUUCCGCGUGCCGGCAGACAGGCGCAAUAACGGGAUGUUUCCAGAAGGGCUGCGCGCGCAGUUAUCACUACAGAUGUGCCAUUCAGUCAGACUGUGUCUUAAACGAGGAGAACUUCUCGCUGAGAUGUCCGGAGCACAAAAACAAACUGUUGACUCUUGUAACCAGGCAACAAAAGAGAUGACAACAAAAGACGUUUGGGGGAAGUGGAGAAUGAUCCACAGAUCUCCGGUUUCUCCUCCUUUUAACACGAUUAACGUGAAGGAAAAACCUGCUGAUGAGAAUCCACAUCAGACGAAUCGAUCAGGGGCCACUUCCAGAUGUUUUUAUAAGACGUGUGCGUGUGUGCGUGUGUGUGUGUGUGCGUGUGUGUGUGUGUGUGUGUGUGUGAGAGAGUGCAUUUGUGUCUUUGUGUGGAUAUUUAUUCCUCUUCUCGUCCCAAAUAUCCAUUUUGUUAUUUCAACAUGAUUAUAUUAGAGUUUAAAUGAGCUUUAUUGAUGCAUUUUUAUGGGAGGAAAUCUUUAUAUUUCUUUUCUUUCUACAGUUUUCUACUAUUUUUUUAAAUUGCUGUCGUGCUUUGUUCAUCACACAAGAAGAACGCUUAUUUAUUUUCACAGAGCCGCGUGCACAGUGACGUUUGCUACCGUGCACUUUGCCGCUUGUUAUUUAUGUGUAGACUUAAAUUUAGAGUAAGAACGUGGAGUUUCUGUUCGACGCCUCCGACAACAAAAUCACAGAAGAAAUCUAAGAGAAAAUGAUUUGACUAAUAUUUGAGUUGUGAUUCUAAUCACAAACAAAUACUGGUUCCAACUUGGCGAUUUGCAUAUUUAAAUAUUACGUUUCGGUCUUUGGGAAUGUAAACAGGAAGUAAAAUAAUUUGCAGUAUUUGGGUGACUUUUUACAGAGUUAAAAACUGAUUCUGGACCAGCAGAUUUAUGGACAUUUAUUUGGCUAAAUGUGAAUAAAAGGAUGAGAUUCUCCUCACUGAGCUCAUUAAAACGUCUUCGUCACAUGAAACAUCGUUUACAUACGUAGACAGACACACGUGUUCCUGUUAUUUGGCCUCAUUUAUUCCUGCUGCCAUGUGACGCUUUAACGUCUGUUCUUAAAUCCACACAAUGGGACAGAAGACGCUUUCAUUAUUUAAAUUCAGAGAUGUUCCACCUUUCGUUAAUUCAUGUUAUUUAAUAAAAGUCAAUACAACCAAAACUCA